CGGCCGCCUGAGGCCAGUCCCCGCGACCUGGCCGGCCGCUCUGGGGAAGGCAAGCCUAUGGAGUUUCCAAGGUGAAACUCGCCGACUCCUACUUUCUCCCGAAGCGGACGGGAAACACCGGGCUGCGGCCACCUAUGAACGCGACACCAUUCUCCCGCAAGAACAUCAUCUAUUCAGAAAUUGAGGCUCACACUAUUGAGAAACAACGGAAAGAACUGCAACUGUUAAUUGGGGAACUAAGAGAUCGGGACCGAGAGCUCAGUGAAAUGGUUCUGGCGCAUCAAAGACAGCUUCUGGCAUGGGAAGAUGAUCGGCAGAAAGUGCUGACCUUGGAAGAAAGAUGCUGCAAAUUAGAGAAUGAACUGCAUAAGAGGAGUGAUGUAAUUAGGACCCUCACCAAGAGGAUCAAAACUCUAGAAUCUCAACAAAAUGACCACCAGGAGGUUCUUCAGACAGCUCAGCAUCAGCUCCAGGAAAUGGCUCAAAAGGCCACCCAUGCCUCUGUCAUCUGUGAGGACCUCGAGGGAAAAAACAGGUGUCUCAACAACUCUGUGAUGGAACUUUCAGCACAGAUAGGACAGUUACAAGCUCGAGAACAGGCACUCUCUACAAUGAUCAAACUUAAGGACAAAGAUAUUGUUGAAGCAAUCAAUCAUAUUACAGACUGUUCGAGUAAAUUUAAAAUGCUAGAACAUGCCUUACAUGAUGCCAAAAUGGUGGAAUCCUGUAUUAUCAAGGAAAAGCAAGAUUAUAAGCAGAAAAUGAAAGUGCUAAAGUUUGAAGUAACUAAACUAAAAGAUGACCUGAAUGAAAAGACGAAUGAAAAUAAUGAGCAGCGAGAAGAGAUUAUUCGCCUCAAACAAGAGAAAAGUUAUCUUCAUGAUGAGCUGGUCUUUACUGCAGAGAGAGAAAAGAGGAAAGAACAAUUACUUGAUAUCGCAAAAUCAAAGCAAGAACGAACAGAUACUGAACUCCAUAAUUUGAGACAGGUAUAUGUCAAACAGCAGAGUGACCUGCAGUUUCUUCACUUCACUGCAGAAAAUUGUAGGGACGACUCGAGGAUGGAUGAGUCACGGAUUCAUGAAACCAGAGAAUUGAGUUUCUCAGAUCUGGAAAGUAACACCCCUAAAACCAUCAUUAAGAGAGAGGGAAAUCAGAAGAUAUAUGCUAAGGAUCAUGAAUGUGAAGCCUCCCAGGUUCAACACUAUAGGCCAGAAAAGGGUGGUUUUGAGGCAUGCAGAGAAGAGAAGAGAAUUAAUCCUGUGUAUGGGGAAGAAGCUACUACUGGGACGUCAGCCAUUUUUGCAAAAGAUCCGCUGGAAAGACAAAGGCCCUUGCUCUUGAAAGAGAAAGUACAGUUUAAUACAAUGGCCUCUGGUGAGUCCAAAAGGAGAGGUACCUUGUACAGAAACAGUAUGAAGUCAUCCAAGAGCAGUGAUACCGAGACCCUGGCUCGGGAGCAUCACCACCACCACCACCACCACUUUGGAGGGCCCGAUCACAAACACUGUGAUCUCAAUAUCUUUGUGAGACCAGGCUUGUCUAGAGCAAAACAGGUAGAAAGAAUGGAAAUGGAAUGUCUGGACCAGAUGGAGGUGGCUGAAGCCUCCUAUUCCCAGGUCAAUGAAGGCUCUUUGAGUGACUCAGACAUUUGUGAAUCUAAAUGCUGCCACCCGAGUAACUUCGUCAUCGAAGCCCCAGGUCGGAACUCUGUUUCUGAUGUGGAGUGGAUGAGGAUUUUCAAGCCUUCUAAAGUAGAGAGAAUUGUUCGGCCCAAGACUGUUUGCACGUGCUCACGGAACGUCUGUGGAAUAAAGUAUCAUACCUUCAAAAGCCCACCAAUCGCCUUCUGGCAUUCCCACCGCAUGGGUACCUCCGCUCUAAAGUGUUCCACAAAGAACGAGGAGAGAUUCACGGAUUUCUCUUCAGAAAAAAGGCAUUCCUCUGGAUUUUUGUCAAGCAGCAGAGGCCCAGAUGCCUCCUUCCAUUACGAUGACUGUUCUCCCACAAGUAAGCUUCAGCGCUUGCUGGCGGAAUCUCGAGAGAUGGUUACUAAUCUGGAACUUAAUACUCUACUCCCUGUUAGCGCUAAUAAUCCCAACCACAGUACAGACCUCUCCGACCUGACAGCUCACAAAGUGCCACUGCCAGUGAUUGAAGAAACCAGCUCUUGAGUCCAGUUUUCCAGGCGAUCAUGGAAGCAGAUUUCUUGUCUAUUUGGAAGGAAGGAAGCAGACAUCCUUGCAUAAUACUUACUUUGAAAGAAGAGGAUUAUAAUUCUUCAUAAGCCACAAACAGCUAAUACCCAAAGGCACCAGAAGCUAAAAGAUCACUUCUUAACACCUGUAUUUUGAAUGUUGUCAAGUUAGUAGU